UGUUCGACUUCUGGUCUUUGGUUUAUAUCUCGAUGUCCAUUAGAGCAUGUUCCUCGGGCCUGACUGUGCCAGCCAAUGCAGCAGUAGCUCGUGUUAUGCUCGGGGAGGGUCUAUCUAGAGCACAAACUAUCGGUUCUAUAUUGAUAGUAGUGGGUGCGGUAUCAGCUAUGGCCUUUGGGUCCUCCGACGACCAAGGUUCUGAUCAAAGCAUAGCAGGGCUGCUCUCAAGUGCAAGGUUCAUCACUUUUGUUGCGGCGACGUUUCCUUUUUAUCUGUUGGCUUUCACAGUAUCGAAAUGGUCUAUGAAGACGCAUGUCGCUAUCGAUGAUCAUAUUCCUGUCAGCCACUCCCAGGUCCAUAAGCGUCGACUCCGUCGUGCCGUGGCCCUCCUUGCCCUGGCCUUCCUUGGUGGAUAUCAAUCGGCAGUCACAGCUCUUGCUGGGAAGUUCGGUGCGCAGUACAUCGCAGUGGAAGGUCUGGCGGCGUACCAGCCAUAUUUAUGCUUCAGCGUGGUGAUAAUAUCAUCACUAAUGCAAUUGACAUUCAUGUCGUGGAUGAUGAGACAGUUCGAUGCAGUUGUGUGUAUACCUCCCUACCAAAUCCUACUUAUGCUAUUCAUGGUCUCUUUCGGCGCUGCAUGCUUCUUAGAAGUACCGAAGAACGUGGCGUGUUUCAUGCUAGCCCUUGCCGUAGCAUGUAUUGGCAUCGUGUGUAUGUCUAUGGAUACAGAGCAUCACGAUGCACGAUCACCGAUGUCGGGAGCACAAGAACGGCCCCUCAUGGUCGACACGUUGAGGCCAGCUGGGCCUCUGCGAUAAAGCAUGACUUUUGUACAACGAGAUGUUAGUUGAAUCUCUCAAGAGCCUUUCUGAACGCUCUCACAUACGUGCGUACAUUGCC